GGCACACGGGUGACGGCUGCUCUGAAGAAGCCAACACACUCACAACACACAACCACUAUGGCGACGGUGUCACAGGUGGGUGGGGGCUCCUUCCUGCCCCUGCACCAGCCACUCCUGCAGCUGCCCAUGACCAGCCCUCGGGCCCCGGGCCCCACCACAACCCCUACACUCCAACAUCUCCCCAACACCCGCUUCACCAUGAACCAACUUCACCACCUCUUUUCCCAGUAUCAGAAUUCCUAUAACCCAGCAAGCCAGCGACAACAACGGUGGCAUUCCACGACUACCACGACUACGGCCCCACGACCGACGGCUGCGGUUCAUCAUCAGGAGAGAAGGACUGAGGGGCCGCGGUUCGUGAGUCAGUUCCACUACGGGGAUAACUACGGGGUGCGGCCGGCGGAGGACGACGCCAUAGUGCUGCUGGUGGGUCUCUUCAACCUGCUGGCCGUGGUGGUCUACGCCGCCAGCAAGUACGUCAAGGGGCAGCCCGGGGAGCUGUCAGACCGCGUCAUACACUGGCAGGUGCAGAAGGUGCUGGACGAGCUCGUCAUCAAGGUCCACAGUUCGCAGUACGCUGCUAACUUGUUAUCGCGCGCCAUGCCCGACGCCGCCGCCGGCAGGCAGGAGGCGGGCCGCACCGCCGCCCCUCGCUGGCCACAACUCCUGCAGGCCAAAAUGGAGUGGAUGGUGGAGCACAACACGACCCGGUGGCUGCAGGAGGCCAAGGAGCGCCUGGUGACGGAGAUCGGGUCGUCGCCGGCAGCUCUGGACACCGUGCUCCUCCACCCCAGGAUAUACAAGCCCCUGCAGGAGCUGUACGCCACGCUCGCCACCGACGGCGGCCUGACCUCCGUCCUGCAGCAGCUGAGGGCGGGGGGCGAGGAGCCGCGCGGCCUCUCCUCCCUCUUGACCACUGUCAGUAAGCUGAGUCUCGCCCAGCUACAGUCCGCCCUGGCCACCCUCACGGCGCUAGGACGCGCCCAGCAGCGGGUCAACGUCGUCCCCGUCGUGGCCUCUGCUGUCAGAGACAGUCUGGCCUCCCAGACCUCCGCGGGUGAGGGCAGAGCGGCCAGCGAGGCGGACCACUACAUGAGCGAGGCUCUGCUGCAGCUCCUCCGUCGCUCCAAGACGUCACCGGGCCAGGAGUCCCGCCCAGCACCUGCCGUCAGCCGCCGUCGCCAAUACAACUCACGGUACAGCGGGGUGCACGAGCACGACGCCCCUGAGGGCAACCAGCGGCAGGUGGUGAAGCGCCAGGGCCUGGUGGAGGACGAGCACUCCCUGGGCGGGAAGCCGUCAGGGCACUGGACGGACCGGUGGUUCUCCCUGGUGACGCAGGUGUCCCCCGUGGGGCUGGACAUGACCACCCUGUACGCCAGGGCGCGGGCCAGACCCACCUGCCUCAGGGCGCUACUCUGCCGCGCCAACAACGCCUGGAGACAAGUGGGGCCCGUCCAGGCCUCACUCACCCCUUUUACCAGUGUGGUGGUAAGCUGGGUGUUGGAAGACGUGGCCCCACACUCCCUAGGAGACUCCCUCAUUGCCGUCCGUGCUGGAUGGAUGGGCAAGGACUGCUCUCAACUUUACCCCGAGUGCCCCCUUCACCCGGACCCUCAUCCCGCCACUAAGGAGGCCAUCACAUUCUUCUCCAGGUUACAGUUUGCUGCCACUCAAUCCCCAGACCAAUCAGAACAUUCAGAAGGUCAACUCUCCCAAGAUCAGACAAUGACCACUUUGACCAAACGCAUUGAUGCCCCUGAAAUACAAGACUUUGGUAUACAGAAAAAUACACCAUGGCCACCUUACCCCUCUCAAAGGCAAGAGUUCCACGUCACCCCAACACCACAGACUCAGCAUCAGCCACAGGAUCUACCAUUAGCCCCCAAUUCCUCUCGACCAGCUCAUAACUAUUGGCCAACAGAGACUGAACCUCAACAUUCUCAAGGUAGUGAGUCUAAUGAUAAUGAUGCAGCAGCCUCAUUCCAUGCUUAUUAUGAGCGUUACGGAGGCCAAGGACCGAUGUCUGUGCCAGGAUCACAGUACAGCUCAAAGUACGGACAACUGGACAGAGAGAAUGGCGGUAAGAACUCGGAAGAAUUGUACGACAAGUAUGACAGUCCCGUUUCCAGCUCUGUUGAAGGAGCAAUCUCAAACUCCAGCAGUGUGUCUGGCAUGGCACUCCAAGACCCUCCAACUGGAACCAGCCCAAAAGUGUGGGAAAAAUUGUUCAAGGCAGGACUCUAUGGUACAAGUGUUCCACAAGCACAAACUUCAGACCACAAAGAGUCAUCUAGUGACGAAUCUAACACAAUCAAAUCAUCUCUCCGUCAACACCCCCAAAGAAGACAGUCCAUGCAGCCUACGUCCAGCCUUAACAAGAUGGGUGCAUUAUUACCUCAGCAAUUUCCCCAUAACAGUGACAAAAACAACCAUGGCCAUUUGAAAUAUUCCCAACAAGGCAGACCAGCCCGGCCUUUCUUCAGUCUUAGACCAACACAGAAACAUCAACAAGCAACACGAGCUCCUCCUAGUUCUCCUCCAUCAACACAGGCACCGCCUAUAAAAAAAUAUAAAUACGGGUUGCGACGCGGUCUACCUGCAGGCAAUGUAAAUGGUCACAAUGCAUAUAUGAGCAACAAUAACCUGCAUCAAAGACAUAAGUCUUGGUAUACCUAUAACACCAACACUAGGUACCAACCAACCCCACCUACAACCUCUUCCACAACUACUAGUACAACAAUUCAUCCACUGAAGCUGAAGGAUGUUGCUCCAUUUGGGCCCGAAGAUGCUGUAACAGAUGUGCUUCGAAAUGAACUCUUGUUUGAGUAUAUACGUGACAGAAAGAUUUCCAUACCAAGCAAUGAUAAACGAAGUAUAUCAUGAAUGUCUAUAACCAAAAAGUGAUAAUUUGGAAAGUAAAUGGUAAGAAUAUAAAAACUAUAUUGUACUACACAAAAUGUAAUAUUAUAUUAAGGUAGGGGGUGUUCCCAAGUGAAGGCACACAUUCAGAAAAGUUAGUGUUUUAAUUAACUUUUAAUACUCAAGAGAUGUGUACCAGCAUUUUCAUAUAGUACAGCAACUUCCAAACAGUUAGGACUUGUGGUGCAUUUAUCUUGUUUUGUGUAAAAUAUCAAAUAUAAAAAUUCCUACCA